GCUUCUCUCUUCUCAGCGGACCAGUCAGUUUGACAGUGGUACUUGAAACGGCUGUAUCAGGCUCCAUUCUCCCUAACGGUGUACGACUCCGUGAACAGCGUACUAUUUGCAGCAUGGCAUCUGAAGAGCUGGUUAGGAAGCUGCAGUCGCGGCUGACCACUUCGCAGAAGGCUGAGCCGAGGCCGGAGCCCCAACAGAGCCCGGUCCGACCCAAACCGCAGGAGGCCGAUGCAGCCUGCGGCGACUCAUCCUCCGAGCUGUCCGCCAAACUGACCCGCAGACAGGACAUCAACGAGGGCAACGCAGCUCCUCGACUGACCCGCGUCUUCAAUCCCUACACGGAGUUCAAGGAGUUCUCCCGCAAGCAGAUUAAGGACAUGGAGAUGAUGUUCAAACAGUACGACACUGGUAAAGAUGGCUUCAUCGACCUGAUGGAGCUGAAGCUGAUGAUGGAGAAGUUGGGCGCUCCACAAACCCACUUGGGCCUCAAGAACAUGAUCAAAGAGGUUGACGAAGACUUUGAUGGCAAGCUGAGCUUCCGAGAGUUCCUGCUGAUCUUCCGGAGAGCAGCAGCUGGAGAGCUGCAGGAGGAGAGUGGUCUGAUGGCUCUGGCCAGGCUGUCUGAGAUCAACGUCUCUACUGAGGGAGUGAUGGGGGCCAAAGACUUCUUUGAAGCCAAGAUGCAGGCUCUGUCUGUGGGCAGCAAAUUUGAAGCUGAGAUUCUAGAAGAAAAAGAAGAACGCAAGAGACAGGAAGGGGAGAAAAGACAGAGACAAGCGGCCUUCAAGCAGCUGCAGUCGGCCUUCUGCUCCUGACCCUCCACAGAUACCAACCCUGACAGGCAGACGUCUCAGCCCACUGAGUCAGCACUUCUCAUUCCACUUCAACUUUAAUCAAAGGCAUUGCUCAGAAUUUGGGACAUCAUAAAAAACUAGAAAGAGGCAUUGAAGUAACUACUUUCUAAAAUACCUGAAAAUACCUUUGAACACUUAAUAGGCAAGGUUUUAUUCAUUCUAGACUUUCUGCACCUGUUCAACAGGAAACAAGCAACCAAACACACAUAAAAUAUUGAGUAAUCUCUCCAAGUUCCUGGAAAUAUCAGAUUUAUUGUGCUUUUCUGUGGAACUGCACUUUGUCUCCCUCUGUACAAGAACUGGAAGUUUUCACCUCAAGGGAAUUUAACUUGUUAAGACAAAGGCAGGACUGUUACAACAGGUAAUAUUAAAUGGGCGUCUUUACAACCUGCAAUGAAAUAGAAAUAGUAUAGUAAUAGAUAAUAGAAUGAAUAAAUAUCUGUAGCAUAAUAUUUUUAAUUAUAGUCAGUAUUAACAUAAAAUAUAGUGUGAAAUAUUGGCUACUGACUUUGACUCCAUGUACUGAUCCAACACUAAACAGGCUGUGCUCUGAUGGCUUCCAUCUAUAGUAUAGAGUAUGCCACUUCUGAUAAGGAUUUGAUUCACAUAAGGGGCACUCCCUGGUUUGGAUAUUCUGCCACAAAUCCCCACGUGACCACUAAAACUCAACUGUGAAGUGUCAAGUUUAAAAAUCAGGGAGGUUAUCUUCAAAGGACUUCAACAUUUUAGGAAAUAGGCUAAAUUGAUCAAACAACUGAUACCAAGUUCAUGUUUGUGUGUUCGGUACACAUAUGUAGUCAGGAUGUGGUUAGCCUAGCUUAGCAUAAACACCAGAGGCAGAGGGAAAAAGCUAACUUGGCUAAAAACUGUACAACAACACCUCUAACACAGGGUUUACCCCAGUGGCUGGCGUUGCCUGCUUCCCCUCUGCAGCUAUGUUAACCAACGGUGCUGGUUACAUGGGACAUCCCACGCCACGCAGCUUCAUAAAUGCCUUGCCAUCUACAGCAUUAUGGCGUCUGGUCUAUUUUUGCCACAAGCCCCUAGCAAAUCUUGCAAGAAAACACACUAAUGAUCUAUUCUAAAUGAUAUAGAAGAUAUAUGAUAGAUGAUAUAAAUCUUUGCAAUUUCUUAGUUUCAUGAAAUGAACAAGAUGUAACAUGUUAAUCAGUGAGUGUUAGAGGUUUUGUUUGGUGCAUGUUUUUCCUUUGGACAGAGCCAGGCUAGCUGUUUUCCACCAGCUUCCAGUCUUUAAGCUAAGCUACGCUAACAAAACUCUGACUCCAGCUCACUUCAUCUCAUUCCCAGAAGGUAAGCAAAUAGAUCUAUUCUCC